AUGCCUGGGGACUCCCAGUCGCUGUGGGAGCUGGUGGAAGAGCAUGUUCCGCUCCCGAAGCGGCCCGAAGUGAAGAGGAUUCUAGGGGAGACGACAGUGGAUCUGAGCCUGGAGCUACGGGCAGAGGCGGGGCGUAGGAAGGUGGGCCCCACGGCAGACCUCUCUCCUUGCAGGUAGUGAUCUAUCCAAGCCUCUGGAUCGCGCCCCACCUCUGACCUCUCCUCCCUUCUGGCACCACCGCCCCUCUUAAGAGAUCUUGUGUGCCAGGAACUGCGGCAGCUGCUCCAAGGUCUCCGCCGGAAGGCCAUCUGUGAGGGCAGGGACCAGACUCAAGCUUGGGUCCAGUAUAGCCCCAGGGUCCUGCGCUUUGCCUUGGAGGAGCCCAGGUGUGAUUUGCCAGAACAGGAGAUAUUCCAGAUGAGAGCUGGUGAACCCAGCAGCUGUCACUGGGACCUCAGCAUCAUCAAGGACCAGCUGAACGUGUCCCACACUGACCAGGCUGCUGGACACCUGCGGGCCCGCCUAGAGGAAGAGUGCCAUGCUCUAGAGAGGGAGAUUCCCAUCCUGCAGCACUGCCUGGAAGAUGAGUAUUCAGGGGCCCCUCAGCCCUCUGAGGCAAACCUAGAGCCCACCCUGGCAGAGCUAAAGGGACAGAAGGCAGCCAUGCAACAGCAGCUUCAGGCACCCCUGAGGCCUUCCUAUUUCUCCCCCAGGCAGAGGCCACAGCUCUUGGAGUCCUCCAGCCGGGGCACCCGACUCCUGCCUUGCCUCCAUGGGGCUGCUGGAGUUUGGGCCAGGCUUCUCCAGUGCUGCCUGCCUGCUCCCCCUCUGGAGCGCCACCCCAAACCUGCCACUGGGGAUGGAAGAGUCAGUGCCUCCUCAGGAAAAGGCCAGUUUAUACUCUGA